AUGAGCGUUUACAGCAAUGUGCGCAAAAUUUUGGAGCGCUUGGUUUUAUGACACUGGCAUGAUGAAGCGCGUUCCUCUGUAGUGGUAGUCCUCUAUGAUGUUCGAUUGAUUUCUUCGCGAGGUUUCUGUUGCAGCUGGUCUUGUUUAUCAUGUGAGGAUUCCUCGUGCGCUGGUUGUACAGUUCUCUGUUUAACUUCGUGAUUCGUAAACACUCAUACUUUAGCUCUACAUUCAUUGAGAAUUCUUCCUAUUCAUUUUGAAAAAAACGACUUUGAACUUUUUCCAACGAUAAAUUUCUACUAACUCAAACUCGUCCAAUUCAUAAAUUAGAUUGAGAGGACUUAUUUGCUGAGUCGCGUACGCGUUGAGCUGCGGGAAAUACAACAAAACUCCGAUUCGACAAUUAUUUCUUCAAUGUUCCAACACAUUCAUAUUGUUCAAGCGAGGAUCAUUAAGAAUUCUUCAUGCCUUUCAUGUUAGAUUUCACAAGGAUCAUUGUGUCUAACGCACUUCAUGACUUUGAUAAUGGGCACAAACUAUCUUCGAUCCAGUUUCCAAUGACAAUUUACUGUGAUGAAUGAUCUAGUACUUUACAACUUGCUUCUACUGUUGGAAUUUUCGGAUUUUCAACAAUGAUCUUUAGAGGAGCCAUUGUUGAGGGUUCUUCAUUAAUUGGCGAUCCAAGUAACGGGAAGCUCCAUCGGAUGAGGCGAGAUGUGAUGAUACGGGUGUGCGGCAAUAGUGAAACUAUCCUCCGAACCAUCGUCGAACCGCUGUUAAGGCUAGAGUCACUCAAGAAUGUUGAUCACAAUCAGAUCUAUUCGAUAUACGCGAGUAACUGAAGAGUCCCAGAUACUCAGCUAUUUCGGUUAGCACUCGCUUAAUUUCGGAUUCGGUUUCCGAGUACUUUCUCUUUUCGUUUAUUUUUCCUGCUUAGUUGUUAGGGCUCCACCAAUAAACAUAUCAGAUAGUGGUCUGUCAUCACUCGUUUCUUUUUUCUAGUUACGGCUCCAACGGAACUAUCUGGAGGGCAGUAGAGUCAACAAUGUCAAUCACUAUCAGAUAGUCAGAGGAUAGUGUCUUGGUGUGGAUGUUGCUCGACAAUUUACGAUCUCCUGACUCCAUCAAUCACUUUUUGAUAGCAGUUAUAAGGCAGAGCCAACAUAAGCCACAAAUCGUGAGAUAGAACAAGCCAACAACAUUGUUUCAACAGAUUGACUACCUUUAACUCAUUUCACGUAUUGUGGGUUCCUCGUGCACGACGACCGCUUUGAACUGGACUCGGCAUUGCUUGUUGAUGAAGCCGUCUUCCUGCAGUUAAGACUGGUGACUACGUCCAUGUUGUAACAGACAACAUCUUUCUUGUGAAAAAAUGUUCACACUAGUACUACAUCUUAGCAUGAUGUGAGAGUUCGCACUACAUCUUAAUAACAUGUGAGAGAACAUGUACUAGUGAAAGGGACUGCUCGGAUAUUGUUGUAGUUAGGAUGUGAAAUAACUGAAAGUUCUAAUAGCACAGCAGUUCAGUAUGCCAGAUUCGCUGAAUGGUUGCCUUAUUUCCUGCGGACGAGACAGCAAGGUCGCUCCUACACAAGAUGUGAUCGAAGAUGCCACGGACGUCAAGGAGGAGAAUAGUACAACAGGUGGCACCACAACUUCCUCUACAGGUGGCACCACAACUUCCUCUACAGGUGGCACCACUACUUCUUCUGGUUUCAUCGUCCUUGCGUCCGCUCCGAAAGUCCAGAAAGUGAUUCGCCUGAUGAAAACAGCAGAACUUGCGUGCAAAGGACCGGAGUCGCUCAGUCUCAUGGAAGUAAUGGAAGCUGUUAUUAUGAUGAAAUAGUGGUUACAGUUUUAGUUACUUAGACCCCUUGGAAGUGAUGGAAGCAAUAAAUGGUUCCGGUAUUUGGUAACCUGAAUUCGAUCACAAGGAUUCUCUUCUUGUUUUCCCAUAGCAUCAAAAUCAGGCUACCGAAUACCAGAACCAUUCAAGCAAGGCUGUUACUGAAUCUCUGCAGGUAAUCGGCGUUGUUCUUUCGCUACUUUGAGGUAGUCACUUACAGAAACCUUCCCAGUACUAGUUCAUCGAGUUUGAGGCUGUAGGAACUAGUAAGUUACUAGUAGUCCAAGAUCCACCACCUGGAAGCGCAUAGUUGAUGCAUGAUACUCAAACAGUUUCUUGUUCGCUGUUCACACUAAAAAAAGAGAAGGUGUGAAGAUUCCGGGAAUCAUUAAGCCAACGGAGGAUGAGGAAGACACGACUGAAGACCACACCAACAGAGAAACGCCAUCGCAGUUGGUGGAGAUCGAUGAACGACCUCGAAAGCCGUGGGAAAAAUAGAAGUUGAAGUUCUUUAUUCAUUAGAGUCAUUACUAAGUUGAAGUUGAAGUAGAAGUUGUAGUGGCUUGAAGAGUCAAAAGUAGUCAAUACUCACACAUCAAGGGGAACAACUUUUAACUACUAAGCUCAAGCUGAAGUUCUUUACUCAUUAGUCAUUACUUCUAAAAAUACUAGGUGUUUGUUGACAAUCAUAGUGAUACUAGAGAUACUAGUUGUCUGAUGUUCAAAACUUCCACGAGCUGGCGACUAUAAACUACCAUUGUAGUUUUUUUCAUGAAUGUGUUUGAGCUUCUACUUGAGGACAACAUCCAUAUGACAACUGUUGAAGACGGCAAAAACUCCCAAAAUCCAUACGGAGGUUAGACGCUACAUCGAUGAUGUAGCGUUUGUGUUGUGUAUUGGUCGUCUUCCUUUUUCUGCUGUUCGACGAUGACCC